AUGGAUUAUUCGAAUUUGCGCGCGGCCGCCCUGCGCAACGCAGAGGACGAAGAGGCCGUCACCGUCGACACCAGGGCCCUGAUCGACAAGGUCCUGGCGCGCUACUCUGGCGAAUGGACGACGUUGCGAGAGCUGAUACAGAACGCGGCGGAUGCGCAGGCGACAUCCGUCACCGUAACGUGGGAAACGCUGCCCUCGACCAGCGUCCCCAUGCCGAACACGACCGACCGAUCGGACCAGCUGAAACAUGUCAUCGCCAACCACACGCUGCAACGCCUCGUCGUUCAGAACGAUGGCCAGCAGUUUAAUCAGCGAGAUUGGGGCCGUCUGAAGCGAAUCGCAGAGGGCAACCCGGACGAGACAAAGAUCGGCGCCUUUGGUGUCGGCUUCUACAGCGUCUUUGCCGACUGCGAGGAGCCGUUUGUCAGCUCUGGCAGCGAGGCCAUGGCCUUUUACUGGAAAGGAAACUCGCUAUUCACCAAGAAGUCCAAGCUGCCAGAGGCCCAGACCAGCAAAUUCACAACCUUUGUACUCGACUAUAGAAAUACUACCACGCCUAUGCCCAAUCUCUUAUCGGUUGGCCAGUUUUUGGCUACCAGUCUGACAUUUGUUGCACUGCAAAAUAUAGAAUUCAAAAUCGACGAUUACACAAUCCUGUCUCUCAGAAAGAAGACUUCGCCCGUUGUCGACCUGAGCCUACCCAGGGAUCUCGUGCCAAAGACGAAAGAGGGGCUGAUGAAGGUCGUGGGCGUUGACAGAACCAGCACACAAAUCGAUGCUUCCUUUAUGAGCGCUAUUGGCUGGAAGCCGCAGAGCGCCGCUGCCACCAAGGCUACAGAGUCAUUCAACGCUGCCGAAUCAUCCUCUUCACUACGCUCAUUUUUCUCUCGACUGGCGUCAAACGCUUCGGGCACAAAACAAAAGGCGGUGGCAGAGGAGAACAAGGCGCAGAAGCUAAUCUCCGAGGACGUUACCAAAUUAAACACUUCGUCAAUAUUCCUUCGCGCGACGUCAGCCAACGUGCAAACAAGCGUCUCGUCUUCCUUUGCUUCUGAGCUGGAACGGGCUACAAAGAAGCCCCCGCCAGCCAAAACAAGGCUGUCGAUUCUGACUGCAUCAUUCGAUGAAGCCGCUGCAUCUCAAGCUGCGUCAUUGCAAGAUGGGACAGGCAAUGCUACUGAUGUCUUUGCUUCAGUUCUGCCCAACAAGAAGCCUGGUGGACGCAUCUUUAUUGGCUUUCCCACCAUGCAGACUACUGGAGCUGGCAUGCAUUUGUCUGCUCCGUCUGUCAUCCCGACGGUAGAGCGGGAGGCGAUUGACUUAAACGCGCGAUGGGUUCGAACGUGGAAUGUUGAGCUUCUGAGAGCCGCCGGGAUCAUUGUUCGGCUGGCAUUUGCUAAUGAAAUGGACGACUUGCAUAAGAAAGUUAUCGGCAGCGUCGAAAAGGGUGCUAAAAUAACUGAAGCUACUGUUUCAAAAUAUUUGCCUGAAGCUCUUCAUAUUCUCGGUACAUAUUCUUUUGCGGACUCGACUCCUAGCUCCCAAGUCGGUCAGAUCAUGGAAGAGGCUUUCUGGACUUGCUUCAAGAAGGCUUCUAUUGAAAUGUACUCUACAAGGGGAGUCCUGCAGACCACAAAAAUCCGCCUGGGAAUUGAGGAGCUCAACGCUUUCGUCGACAGCAUCCCUGUGGUGCCCAAAAAGCUGACUGAAGCCCCCUUCGUCAAGAAGCUGAUUGAUUUUGGCUUGCUAAUGCCCAUCAAUGUCGGCGAUAUUAAGGAGGAGCUAGCGGUGAAGGCAUUGAGCAAGGCGCAAGUUAUUAGCUUGAUUACUUGGCUCGGGAAGAAAUCCGUGACUGGGGAGCUGGAUGCCGGCAGUCGCGCUGCAUUGCUUGACGUGGCUGUAGCUGCUGUUGAUGAGGAGGGUGGCACUGGCGAAGUGAUAGCACUAGGCAGCAUCACUAACUACCAUAGCAUGGCACGGAUACCUGCCAAUAUGCCGAUCCCGCCCACCACGAUACCGUUCUCCUUCACCGUCAACUCUAGCGUCUCUGAGCUCCAAGCCCUAGGAUGGGAGCCUCUGGAGAUCGUCCCAUGGCUGAGAUUCCUCCUCGAAACCACAAACAGCCGGUCUGAGGAUGAGAGCUUCACCAAGUCCGCCAAAUUUGCCGUGCAGGUCUUGAUCACGUUGUCCAAGAAUUGGGAUACGUUGAGCAACAUCAGCCGCAAUACAGUCAUUACGCUGCUCCAGGAUAGGACGGUCAUGCCGACAAAGCUGGGUAUGAAGUACCCGACAGAGGCCUUCUUUCCUACUGUCAAAUUGUUUGAUGACCUGCCAAUUGUUCAGGGCUGUGAAAAAGUCAAAGAAAAGUUCUUGGUGGCAAUUGGAGUACGCAAAACCCUUGACUUGGAGACAAUCUUCACUCGCUUGUUGAACAGUUCAGAGAGGAGUGGGCAGCAAAAAUGGAGCCACAUGGAGUUGAUUAAGUAUCUCACCUCUGUCCAGGCUGAUAUACCCUCUGCGGACAUGAAGAAGCUUAAACAGUCGAAGAUUUGCCCUGCAGAAGCUGGACCUAAGGGCAUGGAGCCGACAAAAGGCACAGAUACACUGUUCAAGCUUUCUGAGCUGUUUGAGCCGCAAGAGUCGUUCCGCGCGCUUCGGUUACCCAUUUUGCAGUGGCCUGGCCCUCCUGGCAGCUACCGCGGGACCAGUGCUGAGGCACUGUUUUUGAAGAGCCUGGGUCUACGAACGUUCCCCUCUGUUCCAGAAUUGGUAGACAUGAUGGCUUCCAAGGAUGCAGGCUUGCGAGCAAAUGCCAUGACAUACUUCAUCACCAAUCAUCACCUGAAUAUGUACGGCGCUCUUGAUAUGAGCACUUGCCGUAAGCCAAUCAUGCCGUUGCAGGAGGCCGGGGAGCUUGUCGUACCCUCGGCCUGUUUUACGAACACGCGCGCCACUGUGCUUGGUUUCUCGGUGUUAAGAAGUGACCUGCACAGCCACGCCAAUAAGUUCGGCGUCGCGAGCGACCCGCCGAUGCUUGAGUGUGUCAGUCGCCUCCUGACGCACCCGCCACAGGACCAUCAAUCGGCAGUCAAACUCUUCGGUUACUUUGCAUCCCGUCUUGGUGAGCUUGGCGACCAGAACGUCCUCAAACUUUGCAAUGCUCCUAUUGUACCUAUUUCUCGGUCGCAUAGCGCUGCCAGGAAAGAAAAAGGUGGAUCCGGUAUCACUUUCAUAACACCGUCGCGAACAUAUCUUGGCAGCUCGCCGACGUACGAUGCCAUCUUCGACUUUGUGGAUUUUGGUAAUGAUGCCAAUGCAUUCCUGUUCAAAUGUGGUGCCAGAAGUGAGCCAACAAAGAAGGAAGUUGCAGAAAUGGCGUGCACCGAGCCGGCACGUCUGAUGUCUGCCCUGGAAAGUACUGAGAAAUAUCUAAAUCUUCUCAAGUCAUUGGCAGAGGAGAGCCAUAUUCUGCAGCGCGACAAGGCCCUAUGGAGGCGGAUGCAGACCUCUAAAUUUUUGCCUGGCUACAAGGAGAUUACAACACCCAUGAAGGGGAACCUCAUCGAUCUCGAAGACGAGGUGGAGCCCGUGAAGCAAUAUCAACUUGCUACUGCCAGCCAAAUAGUUGUGUUGGACGAUAUCAUCAGCUACCGUCUCUUUAAAGAUCAUCUCCUUUGUGCUCCAGAAGAGGACUUGCUUGAGGACUUUUACCUUCAACUUGGUGCACACAAGCUGAGCACAAUAGUGGAAGAAGACCUCCGAAUCGGUGGUCGCGCAGCGAAAGACACUGUCGGCCAGCGCCUACGAAAGCACGUUAUCGAAAGAGCCAAAAUCUUCCUGUACGAGUACGCUCACUACCGACGAGACUUUAUCAAGCACGAUGCCAAAUGGCUGGAUUCAAAUCUUGUUGUUGAGGUCGUCCGUUCCGUAGCGCUUCGAAGAACACUCAAGGGCCAGAGUCAGUCGCACGCUGAGCGGCGUCAUGCUGCUGGCUCUCACAGCAACGGAGCUUGGAUACUUUAUGUUGCGGAAGACUCCAAGCCUGACAUGUAUCAGGUUGGGCAAGCCGUCUGCCAGAUGUUACUGAAGCGUCCAAAUCAGCAGGCUUACUUUUUCUUCGAACCGUUUCUAACUCUCGACCUGUACGCCUUGCGAGAUAGAGGUUACAAUGUGGACCGUAUUCUGCGCGUUAAAGCGGCGGAGGCGAGAAUGGCGGAAGAGGAGAAGCGCAAGGCACUCGAAGAGGAACAAAAGAGGCUACGCGAGCAAGAAGCGAACUGGGCCAAUCAAGGCAUGAUACCUGAGCCAAAGGCUGCUGAAGCGGCCCGUGCCGUCCCUAAUGUCCCGGCUCUGCCACCCGCCCCAUCCACCCCGGCUCAACCCAAGCAGACACUUCCGGGUGCUUGGUCCUCUCCCGAUGACAAUCACACAGAGCCGCCGAACAAUGGCAGAAAGAGCAAAGGCCUAUUCUCCAACUUGACGAAACGCCUAGGCUUCGAUUCUCCACAAGAAGAGCAGCCACCACCGUAUUCGGAGUCAGAGCAGCGACAAAGGCAAAAGGGCGUGCAAGGAGGCUCCAGCAAUGGGCUGGAUACUGGCAAGGUCACCAGCCCAGCCAUAGUGCAACAAAAUCUCGCUAGCGCAGUCAAUGCCACACGCGCUCAUGGCUCCAACUCUGUCUUUUCGCAGCCCGACGUCAAUGAGGUCAAGGAGCAAGCUACGUACUGCGACGAGAAUUCGGCCAAGGACAUGCAGUAUGUAUCCAACGCGCCCAACGGGCUCAAGAUUUACACGGCGCGCCACAUGUCAGUAGACCCGCAGCAGUUUCUUGCGAGCCAGCGCGACGCCGUCAACAGCUUUGCGAAUUUGUUGGUGGACGUAGGACGCGUGUACGGACUCUCGUCGGCAGUGCUGCACGUGUACUAUGAUGAGCGCGGCAGCACGAUUGCCUUCAACACCGGCGGGAGCAUCUUUUGCAACCUGCGAUUCUUUCUACAGUUGCACGCCGAGGCGGUCGCGACGGAUGACGGUGCGGCCUUGGCGGACGCGGCGACGUGGUGGUGGGUUGUGAUUGCGCACGAGCUGGCGCAUAACCUGGUUUCGGUGCACAAUGCCAACCAUAGCUAUUAUACGGAGUCGUUUAUCCAGCAGUACAUGGGACGCAUGGUGGGACAGAUUUCGCAGUGGACGCAAGGGAAAUGA